AUCAGAAAUAUCACCGGCAUAUGUGGCUAAAGCUUAUUAUACAAUAGAUGAAAAUUGUGUCUAUAUAUAUGCUGGACUUUUGCAACCUCCAUUCUACUAUGAAGAAGGUAACUUAGCUACAAAGUUUGGAGCAAUCGGUUGGGUUAUAAGUCAUGAAAUUUUCCAUGCUAUUAGUAUCAAAGGUUAG